AUUUAGUUCGCGAUGCGCAGAGCUCCAAGGAACCGCCGUAGAUACUAUACGUUCAUUACUGCAAGAUGCCUCUCGACACGUCAACAUACUCAUUAGCGCUUCUGCGCGUCGACGGCCGAAGAUGGAACGAGCUCCGUCGUCUGCAUGCGCAGAUCAGAACUCAGGAUGCUGCUGACGGUUCAUCAUAUCUUGAAAUGGGCCAUACAAAAGUCAUGUGCAUCGUGACAGGUCCUUCAGAGCAGCAGGUUCAAAGACGUGGCGGACAGCAAGCUCCCCGUGACACGGCAGCUAUCAACGUCAAUGUUGUAGUAGCGGGCUUUUCGAGCGUGGACCGAAAGAAGAGAGGGCGCAAUGACAAGCGCAUACAAGAGAUUGAAACGACGAUUGCGAAUGCGUUUUCUUCGAAUUUACAUACACACCUGUUUCCUCACUCUUCCAUCACAAUCUCUCUUCACGUUCUAUCGCAAGACGGAUCCCUCCUCGCCGCUCUUCUAAACGCAACGACUCUCGCCCUCAUCGACGCUGGUAUCCCAAUGACAGAUUACAUUGCCGCCUGUACAGCUGGUUCAACAUCGACAUAUGCCGCCGGCGACGACACAGCCGAUCCUCUCCUCGAUCUAAACAACCAAGAAGAGCAAGAACUACCAUUCUUGACGGUCGCGACACAGGGUGAUGACGAUCGGGUGGCAGUACUCGUAUGCGAGAGUCGUGUGCAAGUCAGCAGAUUGGAGGGAAUGUUGGUCGUUGGUGUAGAUGGCUGUAAACAGGUGAAGCAGUUUUUGGAUCAGGUUGUUAAGGAUAAGGGUGCUGAGAUGGUCAGGGAGGGUGCGGUGGAGAAGAACGAUGCUAUGGGGAUGGAUUUGGAUGAUUAGAUACCAUGUGCAUUGGGUCAUAGAAAUGUUUUGGAGUUAUUUGUUUCAUCUGCUAUAUGGCAGGUAUGUCUUCGCUAUCAAAGCUAUAGUCACAGACUAAUUGUAAGAUUUAAGGGAUCCAUUCCCCUUACAGCUCCUCGUGCUUAAUCUCCUCCUUGGUCUUGGGCUCAGCUUUAGACUCGGCGACAGGUUCAGCUUCCGGCUCAGGGGUCUUUGCCUCGGCCUCAGCUUCAGCUAGAGUCUCAGACUCAAUCUCAGCCUCAGUCUCAACCUCAGUCUUGGCUUCCUUAGGACCAUCAGUCUCAACCUCGGGUUCGGGGUCAGUAGCUUGAGUAGACUUCUCCUCAGUCUUUUCGACAAUAACACCCUCGGGGAUCUUCUUCUUGGCACCCUCGCCCAUGCGAAUAGCAUCAAUCCAGUUCUCAACGCUGGCGAGGCUAAAGUCGCCUUCGUACUGACGCCACCAGUUGCGGCGAGUGUUGAUAGCGAUCAGGUUGACCUCGUUCUUGAACCCAAGAGCCUUGGGAAGAGUAGAGGCAGCGUCGCUGUCGGUGGGAACAGCGAUGAUGGGGAAUGUCUUUCGGCCACCG